GGUGCAUCCACGUGUGUGUUGUUGACAGCGAUCAGGAUAUUAUAAACCGGCACUGCUUGCUAUCGAUAUUAUAACUCUCUGUUACAUUAAGAGCAAGGUUGGAUAUGAUAGUAAAUUUGUCUGUCAAUUAAUAUUGAAUUUAGAUAUCGUCGACACAGCAAAUAUUUACGAGUGUGUUUAUAUACUUACAAUACCGAAGAGACAAAACCUUUACAAAUAUGGAGAUGGAUACGUACUUAUAUGGAAUUGAAGACGACUUUUUGGACUUUUAUGAUCCGACAGUGGACUAUGCAGAUAGUUUAGAAUCGCCUUGUUCUACGAAUGAAUCUGAUUCGGAAAAUUUCAAUUUGGAACAUUCCUGUAAAACAAAACAUAGCAAGCGUCCAGUAAAAAGAAUUCAGCAACGUUCUGCAGCAAAUCAAAGAGAGCGAAGACGCAUGAAAUCAAUCAACGAUGCCUUUGACAUCCUUAGAGACAGUAUACCCACAAGUGUCAAUGCUGACCGAAGGUUGUCUAAAGUUGACACUCUAAAAUUAGCUAUCAGAUAUAUAAGUUAUCUUGCGGACAUGGUGGAAACCAGCAGCGAAUAUUCUCAGGACAGUCAGUACUCAAAAAACAACAGACCACAAGAGAAAGUCAUCGUCCGGUGUCAUUUUGACGAUUAUGCCAGCCCGUCCGACGGUACGACGGAUUACAUGGGGCAUUCCUUAUCAUGGGACCACGCAGACCAAGAACCGGUGCGAACUGUAGAUAACAAACAAUGCGCUAAAGUUUGGGUUCCAGGACAUCCCUCAGAAACAGACUUAUUAAACCUCUCGGCCACAUAUUCUGGUGACUAUGGGACACUGUCGUGACAAAUGGAUGGUUCAAAUCACAAUGGGACAAUCACGUGACGCUUAGAUGGUUCAAAAUCAUUUUGGAACAAUCUCUUGACGGUUAGAUGGUUCUUAUUACGAGAAACUCGGGUGACGGUUAGAUGGUUCUUAUUACGAGACACUUUCGUGACGGUUAGAUGAUUAAAAAUCAGUUUGGGACACUCUUGACGGUUAGAUGGUUCUAAUUACGAGACACUUUCGUGACGGUUAGAUGGUU